CAAAAACCCUUUUUAUUUGAAAGAAACACAACACUAUUUUUUUACUUGACAGUUUUAUGACAAUUAUUCCAUCUUCUGAUCCUGUUAUAACACUUACUAUCGAACUUCUUCCUGAAUUUGGUUACAAAAUACAAGAUGAACCAGUCUAUGGUCCAGGGUCGGUUUUUCAAGGCAUAGUGCACCUUCGAUUGAAGGAAUCACCUGUAGCGGCUGACCGAAUUGUCCUCACGUUUAGAGGAGCAGAACAUGCCACACCCAUUCAUGAUGGAAACAAGUUUCUUGUUCCGCUUAUCAAAAACCCCUUUUUCUCCAUGCAGCAGACAUUAUGGCAGCGUACACGAGAAGAAUGCUUACUGACAGAACGUCAUUAUCGAUUCCCUUUCACCAUACAAAUGCCUAUGACUCAAUUCCCGCCCUCCAUGGAUCACUCAUUGUAUCAAUGUCAAUUCGACUUGUCGGCAAAGUUGAUUCGCACCACCUUCACCUUACCGACCGUCGUCACAAAACGUACCAUCCAUUAUAUGCCUUGUAUUGAAACAAGCGCAUUGAAGCAGCCUAUCAUUGAAGAUGGGUAUCAUAACGGUUUCUAUGCAUCCGUCAGACUUCAUUCCCUGGACUAUGUACCGGGUGACAGCAUACCCAUUACACUUACCACAUCACGCCGCGAUCGUCGUCAUCGUCGUCGUCGUCAACGUCCACCUCCACGUCCGCUUGCUUUUGAAAAAGAAAAGCAACAGAAACAAACCCACGUCCACGUCGCCAUGAAGAGUCAACAUCCCAUCCAACGCAACAAACAAGACGAUCCGCUCGAAGGGGACGAGGAAGAGCCAGCAGAGGCCACUUCUAUCCUUGUCGAAUUAUGCGAAAAAGUAGAGUUGCUACGAUGCAAAGCCGUUUCUGUCACGCGGGUGGUCGCCACGCAUGUGGAAAAACCAACGACCACAGGUUACAAAUACGCACUGACAAAAACCUUAUAUGGUAGUGGCGCAGAAUAUCGUGUGGCGCUUCCGUUGCCGGUGGACCUGACACCGUCUAUCAAUUAUUCAAAGAUAGUCCAUCUUUCCUAUCUAUUACGGAUCAAAAUCAAAAGCAGGGGAACCUCUUUGCUGGGGCCAAUGUUCAGUUCCGUCGUACAGAUGGAACUACCACUGAAAAUCGGCACCUUGGGUUAUGGUAUCAGGGCUUCCAGAGACCUCAAAGUCUAUUAUGCCGAUACAGUGAGCUCUCCCAGGUUUUUGAGAUCACUGGAAUAUGAAGAGGCUUUGCCACUGUAUGACCCAAGCAGGUUACCUUCGUAUCACGAUUCACCCAUCACUGUAUAAUCCCUAUCCUCCCCCAUGCCAUCCCAUCCGUUAUCAUCCUCCCGCUUCCACUUUAAUUAUUGUAUACACUACUCCAUGCAUCCUUCGCACAUCCAUUGAACAACAUCUUGCUUUUUUUUUUUUUUUUGUAAACCGU